CUGCUGGUGGCCAUGGUUGUACGGCAAUGGCAUCAUGUAAAAACACCAUAGGUUCCUUCGAAUGUUUGUGUAAGAAUGGAUAUUAUGAAAAGGGGGCAGCUUGUGAAGAGUGCCAGUUUAUUGACUCUAUCAUAUUUAAUGUGGCGAGUAUCGACAAAGCAAGCGGGAAGGUGACUUGUGCCGCCGGUUUUACACGUGUUGGCGCUACUGGAACGGCAAGCUGUCCAAGGGAUUCUUCAACUGGCCAGUGGAUGAAUGUUGGAAGUUGUCAAGCUCUGUGUUCUCUACCUACCAUCAUUGAUGGGAGCGUUGAUGGUACAAGGGUUAUGGCUAGUGGCUCCAGCGCCCAAUUGUACUUAAGAGCUGUGUACAGCUGCAACCAUGGUUACAGACUCUCACGGGGCAUGAGCAACACAUCUAUUCAAUGUUCUGUUGUCGAUGGCAUUGCUGACUUCCACUCGGCUCCUACUUGUAUGGGCAAAACCUGUCAGAUCAGUGCUCCGGGAAAUGGCAGGACAAGUCCAGUUUCUUCUACUAUCCACGUCAAAGAGACGGUGGUGUAUUCAUGUGACGACGGUUUCCGUCUAGUGGGUGAAGAAGAAGCUCUCUGUGAUGCGAGUGGUACACUGGACUCUGUGCCUCCCAAGUGCCAAGACAUCGUGGAGUGCAACACUGCGUCCUUACAUGACUGUCACCAUGAUGCAUGGUGUGUGAACAUUGACGGAAGCUAUGCGUGUUCAUGCAUGUCAGGGUAUACAGGAAAUGGCACACACUGCAAAGACAUCGAUGAGUGUAGUGAUGGUAGUCUUCACGACUGUCAUAGAAAUGCAAGAUGCACAGAUACCGUCGGCUCAUAUACAUGUCACUGCAAUACUGGCUACGAGGGGAAUGGAACAAUUUGCAGACUUGGCGAUCUACUUGCCAGCGCCACUCGUGAAAAGGUCCCCCCUGGCGCAGGGAAAUUACAAGAAGGUCACCUUAGCAGCGCGGAAAAUCUACUGGUGACUCUGGGUUGGGGCCACCUGCUCCUGCUCACUGUUUCCCAACAGUUUUUGGUAUAGUCUCUCCGUGGCUUAGGUCAGGGCUACCUUGCAAUGUAUUUUCUCAGUAUUUUGGUUACAUUCUUGCCCCAAGUUCUAGUGGCCUAUUACUAGUGGCCAUGCCUAUUACUUUGAUCUUGUAAUGCAUACAUAAGUAUGCUUGAUUGAAAUAGAGACUUUCCCAUCACUGUUUACUAUGCAAUGGUUCUGAAGACCUUUCAAGGCAGUCUUACCGUGUAUUGUAUUGUAUUGUAUUCGACUAUUCGUAUUUAUUCAGAGUGGCAGCCAAAACAGGCCAAAAUGGCCUAAUGACAAUGGCACUACUGUAGAGAAGCGAGUGAAGAGGAGAGCAUUCGUCUAGGGAUUGUGUUGAAUCUUUUACACAACCUUGUUACAUCUGCGGCCUUGAGUUUCUUUGGAUUGACGUUAGACUAUUUCAAAUUUUCAUUUUGAUUUCAUCACCGAGUUUCAUCCCUUGUAUCAGUUUGGUGUUCUUCCUUCUU